UUCCCAGUCCGGGGAAAUAAACUGAUGAGCAAUAUGUACAAGAGAAAAGAGGAUCCUAAUUAUCAUUAACUUCAUCCCCAACCCACGUUAGCACGCCGCCCAGCCGCCCUCCUUGAGCAGCCCGCGCACGGUGCUGGCUAGCGUGGGCUGCGUCGCCGCGUCGGCCUCCAUCACCUGCAGCCGUGUCUUCACGGUGUCCAGCGGCAUGGUCACCAGUGCCGCGGUGCCCCCGGCCAGGGCCGUGCUCGCGCCCUGCACGGCCAUCAGGCAGGCGCAGCUCUCGGAGCGCUCGGUCCCCACGGGGCCGGCCGCCGCCGGAUCUCCUCCACCGCUGCGGCCGCCGCCGCAGCGCCGCUCUCCUCCUCCAUGUCUACGGCACCGAAGCUAGAAUGAAAGGGCAGCAAUGUCUUUUACCGUUUUACAUUCGUUGUUUAUCUGGCUUCAUCGGUAACGAAUCCAAUCUGGCGAGUUAUGCACGACGGCAAUACCAAUCUAACGAUGACGAGCCGCAGGAUACAAAAGAGGCAAAGCCUCGCGACGAGAUGAUCAUAAUCAUAAAUAACUCGGUGCUGGAUGUACACAAGAAGGGGGAAGAGAAGCCCGGGCACCACCGGCGGUCCGCCUCCGGAACGGAUCGCUCUGUCGGUUGCUGCAGGGCGGGUUCGAGCUGAACUACGACACUCACUCCGAGCAGUGCGUCCGAUGCUAGGGCUCCGGCGGAUGGUGUGGCUACAAGCGCGAGGAGAGGCCCGCCGGCGGGAUGACAUUCGCCUGUUUCUGCGACGGCGGCCAGACCACGGGCCGAUGCGGUGCCGGACUAGUUGGAGGCUUGGAGCUAACAACGCGGCUUGAUGAGGGUGAACCCAGCCCCACCUCGUCUACCACGUCUUCUCCUCGGCAUGGCUGCUCACCUACCACGUCUCCCCGUCCUCCUCCUCGUCCUCCUCGCUGCCCAUGUCGUCUCCACCUCCACCCGUGCCGAGCCUCCUCUUCCGAGCACUUACAACGUCUCCAUGUUCUCGGAAUCGUUCUGGUGCGGCGGAAUCGAGUUGGAAUGGAAUCGGACAUGGGAGGAUCAGUGUGGCCAGUGCGAGGGAUUGGGCUCCGGCGGACGGUGCGCCUACAGCCAGAAGAGAGAAUUCCUGGGCUGCUUGUGCAGCGGAGGGAAGGUGGGCAACCCGUUCUGCAAACCAUCGACAUCGAGAUCAAAAAGAAAAGAAGCAGCACCUAUUGUUGGUGCUGUUGCCGUUGCAUUCCUGUGUCUAGUCAUUCUCACAUCCUUCUUGGCUUGUAGAUAUGGUUUGCUUCCCUUCAAAUCGAAGAACAAACCAGGGACAAGGAUUGAGUCCUUCCUACAGAAGAACGAGAGCAUACAUCCGAAAAGAUACACCUACGCGGACGUGAAAAGAAUGACAAAAUCCUUCGCUGUGAAGCUAGGCCAAGGUGGGUUUGGUGCUGUAUACAAAGGCAGCCUCCACGAUGGCCGACAGGUAGCAGUCAAGAUGCUCAAGGACACCCAAGGUGACGGCGAGGAAUUCAUGAACGAGGUGGCUAGCAUCAGCAGGACUUCUCAUGUCAACGUCGUGACACUUCUAGGGUUUUGCUUGCAAGGGUCGAAAAGAGCACUGAUCUACGAGUACAUGCCCAAUGGUUCGCUCGAAAGGUAUGCCUUCACCGGUGACAUGAACAGUGAGAAUUUGCUAACCUGGGAAAGACUAUUUGACAUAGCAAUUGGCACGGCCAGAGGGCUCGAAUACCUACACCGGGGAUGCAACACUCGGAUCGUGCAUUUUGACAUCAAGCCACACAACAUCCUGUUAGACCAGGAUUUCUGCCCUAAGAUCUCUGACUUUGGACUGGCCAAGCUAUGUCUGAACAAAGAGAGCGCUAUCUCCAUUGUUGGCGCAAGAGGGACGAUAGGGUAUAUCGCCCCGGAGGUCUACUCAAAGCAAUUUGGAACAAUAAGCAGCAAGUCUGAUGUCUAUAGCUAUGGGAUGAUGGUCCUUGAGAUGGUUGGAGCAAGGGACAGGAAUACAAGCGCAGAUAGUGACCAUAGCAGCCAAUAUUUCCCUCAGUGGCUUUAUGAGCAUUUGGACGACUAUUGUGUUGGUGCUUCCGAGAUUAAUGGUGAAACCACAGAGCUCGUGAGGAAGAUGAUAGUUGUAGGUCUGUGGUGCAUACAAGUGAUUCCGACUGAUCGACCAACAAUGACGAGAGUCGUCGAGAUGUUGGAAGGGAGCACAAGUAAUCUAGAGUUGCCACCCAGAGUUCUUUUGAGCUGACAAAGCGUAGAUAUUUUUCCUAUCAAAUGUUGCUUCCAGGUCACACAAAUGCAAAAUAUUUGUGGAGACGAGUGCCCAUUAACCUCAUACAAUGUAUCUGUAUGACAAAAGUCCCACGACUCACUGGACGCGGAAAUGUCGCUUGACUACGUCAAUUUUCUAAAAAGAUUGGCAGCAA